AUGUCGCAAAGAGUUAGCGUCAAACACCCCAAAGCGACCAUUUCAGAACAUGAUCCGGCAAACACAGCCAUAGGGUUCUGUACACCGAUAGCAAUUGUGGGAAUUGGCUUUCGGGGACCAGGAAAUGCCAAAAAUGUUGAGGAGCUGUGGGAAAUGAUUCUCAAUCGGAGAGAGGCAUGGAGCCCAAUUCCACCGAAAAGGUGGAACAGCGCAGCAUUUUAUCACCCAGAUAAUGCUCGCCAUGGAACGAUCAAUGUGGAAGGUGGCCACUUUCUGGAAGAGGAUGUAUCUGUGUUCGACGCACCGUUUUUCAACAUGACAAGCGACGAGGCAGCGGCCAUGGAUCCUCAGCAGAGAUUGCUCUUAGAGGUCACAUAUGAAGGUCUUGAGAAUGCUGGAAUUCCUUUGACCAAAAUUAUGGGCACAAAGACAUCCUGCUUUGUGGGAUCUUUCUCUGCAGACUAUACGGAUCUCUUGCUUCGGGAUCCCGAGUGUGUACCGAUGUAUCAGUGCACAAACUCGGGACAAUCUCGCGCAAUGACGGCAAACAGACUGUCAUACUUCUUUGAUCUGAAAGGGCCCAGUGUCACGGUAGACACGGCUUGUUCAGGGAGCCUUGUGGCACUUCAUUUGGCAUGCCAGAGUCUCCAGACAGGGGAAUCAUCGACGGCGAUUGCAGCGGGAGUCAAUUUGAUUUUGAGUCAUGAGUUUAUGUCAACCAUGAGCAUGAUGAAGUUUCUGUCUCCAGAUGGGAGAUGCCAUGCUUUUGAUGAAAAGGCUAAUGGGUAUGCACGAGGGGAGGCAGCUGGCUGUCUUAUCCUUAAACCCCUGGCCAAGGCGUUACAUGACCACGACAAGAUCCGGGCCGUGAUACGAGCGACGGGUUCCAAUCAAGACGGGCGCACUGCAGGGAUUACACUGCCUAAUGGAGCAGCUCAAGAAAAAUUGAUCCGGAGUGUUUAUGCACGGGCUGAUCUGGAUCCCUCGGAAACCGAUUUUGUGGAGGCGCAUGGAACAGGGACACAGGCUGGAGACCCAGUCGAGACAGGGGCAAUCGCUCGUGUCUUUGGAGCUGGUCGCUCGCCUGACAAUCCUGUGCGAAUUGGAUCCAUCAAAACUAACGUGGGCCACUUGGAAGGCGCAAGCGGAGUCGCGGGUGUGAUUAAGGCAGUGCUGAUGUUGGAAAACCGCACGUUUUUGCCAAAUAGAAAUUUUGAAAAGAUCAACCCGCGGAUCCUGCUCAAUGAUUGGAAACUAAAGGUUCAAUUGCAGCCUGAGCCAUGGGAGACCACAGGUCCUCGCCGCGUUUCUGUUAAUAGCUUUGGGUACGGUGGAAGCAAUGCCCACGUCAUUGUCGAAGAUGCCCAAGCCUGCCUCUCUGAAUUGGGACUCCAGGGACACAACGGAAUCCCCUCGAACAUAGCCAAAAGCCAUGGCGAGAAAUUACCUAGUCCACCGCUUGGUACACCCCGUGUACUGAUGCUGUCUGGGUUUGAUGAAAGAACCUGUAUACAGCAGAUGCAGGCUCUGAGCAAUCACAUUCUUGAUAGGGGAGAUGAAGUUGAUCAUGCGAAGUUUCUGAAUGAUCUCGCGUACACGGUAAAUGAGCGUCGCUCCGUCUUUCCAUGGAAGGCAGCCGUUGUCGGAGAUACACUGGCUGGGUUGGCAGCCUCCCUCUCUCGGAAUUUUAAAACUAAAAGCACUGUUCGGAAGCCAACCCUCGGGUUUGUCUUUACCGGGCAAGGCGCGCAGUGGGCCAGGAUGGGAAAAGAGCUGCUUCAGGCUUAUCCUGUCUUCAAAUUGUCUAUUUUGAGCAUCGACGAGUUCCUAGAGGGAAUUGGAGCUUCUUUCAAAGUAGAAGGGGAGAUCGCAAAAUGCACCCAAGACUCCAAUUUGAACCAUCCAAGUCUCAGCCAGACGGUGUGCACAGCGUUGCAGAUUGCACUGGUCGACUUGCUGGCAUCUUGGAACAUACAUCCAGAUUCUGUGACGGGUCAUUCUAGUGGAGAAAUUGCCGCUGCAUAUGCUGCCGGUGCACUCAGUAUGAAGGAUGCAAUGUCAGUGGCAUACUACCGAGGGGCUGUGGCAAGCCAGCUUCUCGUUGCCCAACCGAACAGAGGUGCGAUGAUGGCAGUUGGGAUGUCUGCUGAAGAGAUACAACCUUACCUAGACAGAUUCCAGUCUAGACAGUUGGUGGUAGCAUGUGUCAACAGUCCAUCAAGUGUGACGAUAUCAGGUGACAUGUCUGCAAUUGACGCACUCGCUCACACUUUGAAAGAACAACAGGUCUUCAGCCGGCGCCUUGAUGUGGGCGUCGCUUAUCACUCCCCUCAUAUAGAACAGGUUGCCGAGAAUUAUCGCAGCUUAAUAGACCACAUCAAACCACACGGACUGGAUCCAAUAGUGGGAGAUAAGAGGGAAAGGCCGGGGUCGUUCUUUUCUUCAGUCACUGGAACCAUAAUUCCUUUGAGAGAAUUGGAUGCUCAAUACUGGGUGUCAAACUUGGUCGGACAAGUAAAUUUCGCCAAGUCGCUGAGGAGUUUGUGUUUUGACACAUAUGGCCAACGUGCUGGCCAUAUAGGGGUUUCCCGAACAAGAAGGGCCGGAACAGCGCAAAAGCCUUCUGUGGAUUGUCUCCUCGAGAUUGGUCCUCAUGCGGCACUUUCUGGGCCGAUCAAGCAAGUUCUCCAGGCCGAUGCGAAACUCAAUGCCGCCGAUAUAGUCUAUAUUAGCAUUCUGACGCGGAAGGUCAACGCCGUCACAACAGCGCUCGGCGCAGUCGCCACAUUAGUAUCACUCAAUUACCCCAUUGAUUUUAGUGCAAUAAAUAGGCCUAUGGGAACCGAGUUUAGUAGCGCGCCACAGCUACUGGUGAAUCUUCCAACGUAUGCCUGGAAUCACACCAGGUCAUAUUGGGCAGAACCACGAUUGAGCAAGAUGUAUCGGAACCGAAGGUCACCGCGGAUGGAUUUGCUUGGCGCACCAGACAAAAUGGCAUGUCCAUUUGAACCUCGCUGGAGAAAUUAUCUUCGAACCUCAGAGCUCCCUUGGCUGCUCGACCAUAGGAUUCAGGGAAACAUUGUUUUCCCUGCCGCAGGGUAUCUGGUAAUGGCAAUCGAAGCUUCGAUACAGCUAAACAAAGACGAAGAAAGGGUGACAAAAUACAUUCUGCGAGAUGUGGUAAUACAGUCAGCCCUGGUACUUAAUGAAACCUCUGCCGUUGAGAUUAUGAUGUCUUUUCAAAAGUCGACGCAGGACCAAGAACAGUUGUACAAUUUCCACAUUUAUUCCAUCUCGAAGGAGAAUAGGUGGAUUGAGCAUUGCAAUGGCUUGAUUGGGACACAGAAAAGCAUAGGUGUUUCAGGCAACGGGGUCGAGGAAACUGAUGGCUAUGCGACAGUCCCGUUGGGGACUGAAGUCCAUGGAAUUUCAGUGAUCGACAUGCACGAUUUUUAUAAGAAGCUUCAAGUUUCGGGUCUCGAAUAUGGACCAUAUUUUGCAAAUUUGACAAAAGCAAGUGUCACCCAAGACGGGGCGUGCUUUGCAGAACUCACUGUACCAGACACACUGUCUGUGAUGCCUGCAUCAUUUCAGCAUGAGCUUUUGGUCCAUCCAUGCACGCUGGAUACUAUCUUUCAAACUGUUUUUGCCGCUCUACCGCUGGGUAUGGGGAUUGAGGAAGGACCUGCAGUCCCUGUCUCCAUUGAAGAGAUGAUUGUUACAUCCAGUCUGAGUUGUUCCGCAGGAGAGCUCAUGAGUAUCUGUACUCAGGUGCGCCCAAUGCCCAAUAAGGAUGUGAAAGCAUGCAUAAUCGCAGUAAAUUGCAACGAGAAACAAUUCGAAACAGAGCCAGCUAUUUCAAUUCGUGGCCUACGAUGUGCAAGGCUCGAGCGUCAUGAACCAGCAUCUCAGGCAAAAGACAACCGCAUAAUUUACCAGAUUGACUGGAAACCAGAUCCAAGCUUUCUUUCCAGCCAGAAUGGAUCGUUCUUUUUCAACAAAAAUGACCCUGUUCAAGAGCUAGCACCCCAAACAGAGUACGAAGAGAACGCAGCCGAGUUCAUCAGAGCUGCGCUGGAAGAUGUCGGCUCAACGGAAGCAAUGGAACUGAGCACUUCUCACCGCAGAUUUUGGUGUUAUCUCCAAGAUUUACUCGAAAGGCAUGAUGAAAAUCCCUCAAAAUCAUCAUCCCACUUGGAGGAUAUCCGUUCCCCCUCGAUGGGAAGCCUCUUGCCGAUUGUUGGGAAGAGCCUUGUGGCUAUAAUUCGAAAUCAAGUUGACAUUUCUUCUCUCUUCCAAGAAGAUCGUCUAUUGGAUGAGUUCUGGGAUAUAUUCUCAGCGGACGAGUCGUACCAGGUAGCUGCAAAAUACGUCAAUUUGAUUGGCUACGGCAAACCAGACAUCUCCAUCCUUGAAUUUGGCGUUGGCACAGGCCAGGUAGCGGAGAUAUUCCUGAACCACCUUGUUACUAAAAACGAAACACCCCACUGCGGGAAGUAUACGUUUGCGCACGAAAGCGAUUCUGUUAUUGAGUAUACCUUGAAGCGGUUGGAGAAGUGGUCGGAAUGGGUUGAAUGCAAGCCCCUAGAUCUUGGCAAUGACUUUCCCAAACAAGGAUUUGAAGAGAAUUCUUUCGACAUCAUAAUCUUGCCUCAUGGAUUGUGUACUGCAAGUUGCGAACAAAGUGCACUUAGCAGAAUCCAUGGUCUUUUGAGGCAAUCUGGCUAUCUGAUUGCAGUCAAUCCUUUCGACCCAAAGAAUAACAUUGUGAAAAGUCUCUUGUUUAGUGCCUUGCACUGCUUGUCUGCAGACAAAUUUUGCUUAGGCCAGGGUGCUUGGAUGAAGAGUCAGUGGAAUGAGAUCUUACAAGAUGCGCAUUUCACUGAGGUUGAUGCCUAUGCGGAGCAAGACUCCGAGAAAAGCCAUCAGUUCAUCGUGGCCAGAAAACGAAACAUUCAGAAGUCGACGAGAAUGGUUUCCAUCAUAUCCAAGGAAAAAGCCGAGGCUGCAAGGCAUCUAGUUACUGAGCUCGAGAAGAUCUCAUGUGAGGUGAAUGUGACACACAUCGAUAAUGUGGAGUGCAAAGAUCAGAUUUGUUUGGUCUUGGAUACUUCAGUGUCCUCCAUGUUGGCCGCUCCCAAUGAAAUUACAUUCAACAAGAUAAAAACAAUAUUUACGAAGAGUGGUGGAGUUCUCUGGAUAACAAAGGGGGGGGGCAAUAGAGUCUGUCAACCCAAACGCGGCCUUGGCUGUUGGAUUUGCAAGAACAGCGCGCGCCGAAUCGGGCGUCAAUCCGAUUGUCACCCUUGA